CACAAAACCCACACGUCUAUUUACAGAAGAUCAGACACCAUCAUCAUCAAUGAUGUCGACCACAUAUUCUCCACCAAGAAGUUAUUAGAUGAUUCGGAUAGCGGAGCUAGACUCGAAGAGUCAUUACAAGGUAAUAGUGACUCUGACACAUAA